AUGUUGAAGAAUACCCACAUUUCGUGGCUGCCAAUGCUUUGCUUGACUGCCCUUCCUCAUCUAGGAGGGCUCUAUGGAGGUUACAUCACACGCAAGCAGGUGAAUUCUUGGUACCCCACUAUCAACAAGCCGCCAUGGCAUCCACCCAAUUCUGCGUUGCCUAUAGUGUGGACUACCCUCUACACAGGCAUAGAGUAUGGCUCCUACCUGGUGUGGAAGGAGUGUGGGGGGUUCACUGAGGAUGCUGUGGCACCUUUGGGACUCUACGCGUUGCAGCUGGCUCUCAAAUGGGCCUGGACUCCCAUCUUCUUUGGUGCACACAAGUUGAAAAUGGCCCUCAUCAAGAUAGUGAUGCUGACUGGUGCUGUUGGAGCCACUAUGGCACCCUGGUAUCCGGUCAAUCACACUACCAGCCUGCUCCUGACACCCUACCUGGCAUGGCUGUGCUUGGCCACCUCCCUCAACUACUGCAUCUGGAGAGAGAACCCAGAUGAGGAUGGAAAGGAGGAGUAG